AUGUUGCGUGCUAAGGCGAAAACCAGACGGCUAAAUAGUGGUUGCAGUGGUGUUCUGAGAACACCAACCCCUCAGGUGUGUCAAGAAACAGAAGAGAUGGAUUUUGAAGCUGGUCAACAAUUUACCUCUGAGCAGAAAUCCUUUCAAAUACUAUGCAUGGUUGAUUUCCACAACAUCAACACAGUUAAAAAACCAACAGAGCAAAUACUUACUAAUGCUUUCCAUAUGACAACUCUUCUCAGGGAUAUACAGAUUUAUUCAAGAGAAAAUCACGAGGAAUGUCAAACCUUGAAAUCAACAUUACUAAUUGAUGAGAUUGAACAGACACUGGACAGUAAGAAUGACUACCAGGCUUGCCACCAGUACAUUUUUGAUGUAAUACCAGAAUUCAAAGAAUUCCUUAAAUCACAUGUGGUUUCCACUGUGCGUGACUGGCCAACAUGAACAAAAAAAGAUUGUUUGCCAUGCUAAUAUAGAUCAAGAAGUUAUUUCCGUAAUCACUGAGUUGGGUCAGUUUCAUGUGUAUUUGAACCAUUCAGAAGAUGCAGUAAAGCAGUACUAUCCCGGUUUCAAAGAGAUCUAUGCAUCAGUGUUUAGUCAGAGGAUUAGAUUACCUGAAAAGCCCACGCUAGACAAAGUGGCACUGUGCAUUGUGCUAGCAUUUUGUGGUUAACUGAGAAUCCGCACACAAGUUAUUCAAACAUUUGGACAAUGAAAAGACACCGAAUACAGUUGUCUCUUACAUCUUUUUGAAGAGCUCAACCCUCUGUGUUUUCUGCAUUAUCCUGUAAUUGUGAGAAGUGGGCAAUUUCCACAGCUUGCUUCCUCUAUGAAGCGUCUAGCCAUCAUGUUUGUAGCAAUGGACAGACACCACUACAAUAAGGCAUCGCUUUCAUGGAUCAGCAAUGAACAAUACCAACGGGAAAACUUCCCUGCUUAUCAUGCUGCCAAGUCUGCUCUUUGUUCUCUUUUGAAUGAGAAGAAGGUUGAGAUCUUCCACUCCACUUUACGAUCAAGAAUACGAAAAACAGACAAGGGAGAUAAAAUCCAAGAAACUGCGAGGCUUAUUGCAAGAUCUAAUUUUGAGGAAGAUGAAUUCGAAAAGACCUUUGUCCCACAAUAUCUAAGAGGAUAUAGUGACCAAGACUUCCUUGUACUUUCAAGUUUGUAUCAGUAGAAGAUCUAAAGGGCUUCUGAGAGUUUUAAUUGAUCCCCUUAAUUCGCCUGCUUACAUUUAUCAAUCAAAGGUUC